AUGGGAAUGAAGGGAUUAGAUUUCGGGGGUGAAUCGGUAGGAUUGGAUUUGGCAGACGCGAGUCGUUGCUGGUAGAUGCUGGGUUGAGAGUGAGCGAGAGAGGGGGAGAGAGAGAGAAAGAGAGAAGAGGAAGGGUAGAUAGAUAGAGAUAGAGAGAGAAAGAGAGAGAGAGAGAGAGAGGACUUUGGUUGAUGUCCGAACGGUGGUGGGGAGUAUGGAGGUUGGAGAAGAGAACGCGAACGUAUGAGGGGUUUGGUGAGAAGGAGAAGGAAACCUAAGGGAUAGAAACGGAUGGGUUUGGUGGUGUGUAGGUGAACUGGACAACCACCAGGGAGAGAUAGAAAGAGAGAGAGAGAGAGAAAGAGAGAGCAAGUGAGAGAAAGAGAGAAAGAGAGAUAGAGACAGACAGAAAGAGAGACAGGGACAGAGACAGAGAAAGAGAGAGAGAGACAAGCGUCGGUGGUAUUUAAGGGAGAGCCACGAGCAUAGCGCGCCAGUUACUACGGCCGAUUGGCCCCACAAGGUGUCGCUUAGGCCAACGCGGUAACGUACGAUUUGCGAAUCUGCACUCCGAGAGAAAUUUACGCGAGUGUGCAUACACACACAUCCACGUGACUACUAUAAUAACCCAUCCCAUCCCUCCUCUUUUUCCUUUUCUUAGUUUAUCUCUUAUUCUCUCUUUAUCUUUCUCUCUUCUUCCAUCUAUCCUCUAUCUUUUUUUCCUCUUACAUAAAUCUUCUUCUUCGCUUUCCUCGGAUCUUUCUUUUUUUCACAAGUGCUACUUCAUAUAAGAUAUAUAUAUAUAUAUAUAUAUAUAUAUAUAUAAAUAUACAUAUAAAUAAAUAUAUAUAUAUGUAUAUAUUAUAUACAUAUAUCAACGUGGCGAAAAUAUUAUUUUAAGUGACAGAAAGCGACAUAAGCCGAACCGGUGACCGAUGCUGCUGGCAUUGGGCUUGAUCCUGCUGCUACCGCUUGUCGGAGCUUUUCGGCAAGGAAGCGACAUCUUGGCCACGUCAAACGGCACGGCCGGCUUUGCUGAGGUUUUCUCUGAUCGAGCCUUUGUAGUUACAAGGAUUCAGUCGGACGGAAAAGUCGAGAGAGCGAUCCGUUGGCCUGGAAUUUGCGCUAAGGAGACCAUCGUCAAUUGGGGAGACAUCGACGUGACGUUAAGACAGGUCUGGGAGCAGAACACCGGGAGAAAGUUGCAACUGAUAUACGAGGGUGGCAGUUUGACCGACUGCAUCGACGAGGAACUAGAAAGAGGGGACGAGAGGUCCUGCCUGUCGAAUAUACACUCCGAUGACUACGAUGACGAAGCAGAGGCGGUCAUCGACGAGGUGUUCGAGUACAACGAUGUCGAGAGUAGUACGUCGACCGUGUCCCGAGACUUUUCUUGGUUAUCAUCGACCUCCGAGCUACGUCAUCGGUGCAACCGUUUGAGAACGAGAACGCGAAAUCAAGUCAUAGCUCAACAUCGACGAAGGGAAUACAGAAAGAACGUCAACGAUACCAUACUUGGUGAAAGAAGAGAAAGACGCAGUAGGAGUCGAAGACGUAGAGAACUACUUUUGAUACCAGGAACCCAAUGGUGCGGACGUGGUCAUCGUGCUACAAAAUAUACUAAUUUAGGUGGAUUUGGUGUUGCCGAUGCCUGUUGCCGAAGGCACGACACCGCUUGUCCAUUCUUCAUACCAGCAUUUGAGACACGUUACGGCCUUUUUAAUUGGGGUAUCACCACUAUGAUGCACUGCGCUUGCGACGAACGAUUCCGUACGUGUUUAAAAAUGGCGGACACGUCGUCAGCGAAUUUUAUCGGUAAGAUAUUUUUCGACGUACUCCAAACGAAAUGUUUCGUUCUUAAGCCUCAAAAGAUUUGUACGAAGAGAUCAUGGUGGGGCAAGUGUCAGCAUCACGAGUAUCGCAAACAGGCAUAUAUUCGCGACAAUGUUCCUUAUUGAGUGACAUGAGUAAGUCGAAAAGAGGUGUAAACGAGAGAGAGAGAAAGAUAAAAGGAGAGCAGAAAUAAAAGCAUAUACACACAAAAAAUAGAAACAAAAAAGAUAUUUAAAUAUUCUUCUAGAGAUGUCAAUAGGAAUUCUCAGGGAUAUGAAAAUAGUCUAUCGUGUAUUUAAUAAGGUGUAUUAAUGAUUAAAAAUCGUUUCACGAAUGAAAGAAAAAUGAAAAAGAAAAAAAAAAAAAAAAGAAGUAACAAGCGCUGCCAAGACAAUUUUUUGCCAUGACAAUACUCGAACUCGUUUAUUUUCACACGAUAAUAAUAAUCGUAAAUUAUAUUUAAAUUUUAUACCUUUUAAAUAAUUCAUCGAUUUUAAUAUCUUCAUGGCCGCAUUUUGUGAUAAGGCUCAUUAUAUGCAAAAACUGGACCAUCUUAUUUCUCACGAAAGAACAAUACUGAUAUAUUUGUUAAAAACAAAAUUGGAAAAAAAAAAGAAAAAUUUUAAUUAUUAUUAUUUUUUGUUAUUAUUGUUAUACUUUUUUUUUAAUUAAAAUUCGAACCUAUUUAUUUCUAUACUUUUUCUUGUCUUUUUUUUUUUUUUUAUAUAUAUAUAUACGUUUUGAAAUGCAAGUAUACGAGACACACACAUACACACAACAUAAAAAAUAUUGUAUAAAUGAGAUCAUAAAUAUCUUUUAUUAAUCUAAUUAUUUUGAAAUCGUUAAUUUUUUUUUCUCUAACGAUUUGCCAAUUAUAUACUUAUAUCGCAUUUUUCUAGUCCUGUAUAUUAAAAAACAAUUGUCAACUUAACGAACUAUAAUUUCGUGAGUUUUUUACACGAUAAUAUUGCAUUUGUACAUUUCUUUACAUAUCUACAUACAUACACACACACAUACACAUAUGCAUAUAAUAUAUAAUAUAUAAGUCUUUUGUACAUUUAAAAAGCAAACGAUUUAACGUUAAGCCGUUUGAUACCAAUGAUAUUAAUUCAUGUUAUCGAUGGCAUUUCUUUUUAUAAUCGCAUUCCAAAGAAUUCUUAACGAUUCGUGUUUUGUAAAAUAUCUCAAAAUCGAAUCAAUAAUAAUAUUAUCUGUAUAAAUAAAAAGUAUAUAUAUAUAUAUAUAUAUAUAUAUAUAUAUAUAUACUCGCAGUAGUAAUGGACGCUGACGGUGCAAUGGACGUUAAAUAGAUAAUUCACAAGCUCGAAUAUGUGUACGUAAUUUUUAAAUAAAUUACAUAUUGUUUAUAAACGACAAUAAAAAAAAAAGUCAACGUGAUUUCAUGAAAUCUAAUCGCGAACGGUCUAAAUAAAAAUUUCUAAUAUCAUGGUCGUCAGUAAAUAUAAUAUAGAUCAAAUAUCUACACUUGAUUAUUAAAAAAGAAAUGUGUGUAUAUACAUAUAUAUAUAUUUAUUAACAUAAUCGUUUUGUUUGAAAAAAUACGCACGACUGUGUCGAUUCAAAAUUGUAUUUGUGUUUUAUAUUUUCGAAGAAGAGUAUUCUAAUUUUAAUAUUCAACAAAAAAAGGGAACAAAUCUUUAUGAUUUUAUUUAUAGAAAAUUGAUAGAAUAAUUAUUUCGAAAAUGCUGAUUUGAGAGAUUAGAUUAAAGAAGAAGAAAAGAAACGAAAGGAAAAAAAUACAAUAAAAAAAGAAAUAAUUUUAAUGCAUGUCUUCCUAUAAUAAAAUUCAUUGUGAAGUAGAUUAUACACGUAUUGACCCGACAAAUAUUUUCGUACCCAAAAAGUUAGACCUGUUUUUGGGUACAUUUGGGAUGGGGAUUAGAAAACGUUUUAUUUUAUAGGCUAUUGCUUUGAAGAUACUUUAUAUAACGGUCUAUAAAUGCUAACUCAAAAAAUCAUAAUUUAUUUAAACAGAAUUUAAUACGUUUAUCGUUCCGUUAAAAAGAAAAAAAAGUCAUAAUUACAAAGAAUAUACAAAUUUAUUAUGAAAUUAUAUAUUAAUUUCUGCAUAUAUCAGUACUUAAUUACACUGUAUCUCCAAAACUGAAACCGAUACGUUGAAAUCAAUGCCAUUUUUGAAAUGAUUAUUAUACAUUGUAUCAGCUUUUGUUUUGUAUUAUUAUAUGAUCAGUAUUUCAAACGAAUGAUCCAUAUUUAUAAUAAAAUAUCAAUAACGCUAGGAUAUCAACCUAGAUACUUAAUAAUUAUUUAUACCGAUCAAAAUAUAUAAUAUUGUGAUCAUUUUUUAAAGAAAAUAUUUAUCAUUAAUUAAUAUUACAAAAUAUUGUUCAAAUAAAUAGAAAUGCGUUUGUUAUCAGAUUAUCAAAUAUAUUCGAGAUUAGAUAUAAUUUGCUAAUGUAUCGUAUCAAAGUAUCUCUUUUUUUCAUUUGCUUUAUGUUUGUUUGUUGGGCUGUGUUAUUUAUACGACAAUCUCUUUCGGAACAUUAAUGCAAAAUUAUUACGAAAAAUAUAUUAUAUUAGACGUUGUAUGUAUGUGUGUGUGUGUUUGUGCGCGUGCAUGUGUGUGUUUGGAAAUAACCGAAUAAGUAAGUAAACAUGUAAAUUCAAUUUUGUCGUUUUGUAUCUAUACGUUCAAUAUUUCAUCACAUUUUGUAUAAAUUAUGAUUCCUAUAGUAUAUAGCUUUAUAAUUGGAAGGUCGCAAAUCUUUAAACGUGUCUGGCAUUUAAAAGGGACUCAUUUCAAAAGGUACAUUUUCUGUUUAUGACCGUAACAUGGGAUUUUCCAAAGUACCCAGGGACAGAAGAUCCUUGUUUAACAAUAAAUCAUACUAAGCAUACUACUUACA